GGACCACCGCACUCGUUCCCCGCAGGCGAGCCGGCACGCCGGGCGCCUUCGCUUCGGCCAUGGGAGCGCAGAGCUCAGUGCGGCGGGACGUCGCCCGGAGCGGGGAGGAGGGGGAGGAUGCUUCAGCCUCAGCCGCCGCCGCCGCCAGGGUGGGGGCCCAGGGAGGCGGCGUCCUCGACGACAAGGCCCUGCAGAAGAAUGGACAGAUCUCCAGCCUGACCAGUCUGAGUGGACACUCGGAGGACAACACACUGGCAGAAGUUGGCCAGCCAGAUGGUGUGUCUGUGGCUCAGAAAGAGGACACCUCAGAGACCAUGGACACCGUCGCGGACGAGCAGGCUCCUCAGGUGAACGGUGAGAAAGUGGAGAAGGAGUGCACCGACGGCAAUGAAAUCACUCCCGUCGAGGAGAAGGCGGCGGAGGAGAAGCCCAGCGAGACAAGCGAAGUGGGCUUCAAGAAGAUCUUCCGCUUUGUGGGCUUUAAGUUCACCCUGAAGAAGGACAAGAGUGAGGAGAAAGAGCCUGUGAAGCUGCUGACGGUGAGAGAUAAGGAUGGAGAGGUGGCCAACGGAAUCGAUGAACCUGCAAAGGACGAGGCAGCGACUGCAGAAGAGAACAGCACAGCUGAAGAGAAAGAGGGCAAAACGGAGGCCCUGAAUACUGAGGCUGGAGUCACUAAAGAUAGCAACAAUGCUGAAACCCCCGAUGGUCCUGUUGAGGCUGCUGAAACCUCAGAUGAAGGAGCCAAAGAGGAAGGAGCUGAGAAAGAGGGCGAGGCCAGUUCACCACCCCAAGAGGCUGCGUUGUCCCCCUUCAGGAAGCUAUUUAGUACAGGCCUCUUCUCUAAUCUGCGAAAGAAAUCCAGCAUUAAGAGGACAAAAGAGGAGGAAGACAAAGAGGUAGCCGGCGAAGACCAAGCUGCUAAAACAGAGGAGGGGGAAAACAAGCCAGAGGCAGAGCGAGAAAUGAAGGAGGAAGCAGCAACUACUCCAGAGACAGAAAAAGCAGAAGAGGAGGCCCCGGCAUCACCUGAAGACUCUAAACCAGAACCACGCUUGGAAUCGGACGUCUCUGCUGAUAGCCCUACGCCCACCUCUGAGGAGACAAAGCCAGAAGAGGAAAAAGCAGAAGAAGAGAAGGCUCCCGCAGAGGUAACCUCUGAUUCUGAACUUGUGGGCUCACAAGAGAAGGUGAAGCCCCAAGGCAGCCCCCUAAAAAAGCUUUUCACUGGUGCUGGCUUGAAGAAACUCUCUGCUAAGAAUAAGAAGACCAAGAAAGAUACCGAGACCAAACUGACAGAGUCUGGGGAGCAAGCAGCAGAACUUCAGUCCUCCACUGACUCCACAGAAGGGGCAAAAUCCGACAGUGGACCCUCAUCUCCGGACAAAUCAGGAGAGCACGCCGUUGAAGCAGAGGUGGCUCAGGCUGACUCUGCACAAGAAGCCGAAGGUGAAGUUGUCUCAGAUGGCGAGAAGAAAAAAGAAGGAAUUGUCGCUUGGUCUUCCUUCAAGAAACUUGUGACCCCCAAGAAGCGUGUGAAAAGAUCUUCCGAGAGUGAUGAUGAGGUCACAAAUGAGAAAGCAGCAAAAUCAGCCACCUUGUCAUCUUCUGAGAGUGCUCCGUUAGCGGAUAGGGGUGUAGAGGAGGAAGCUAAAGAGGACAAACCCUCUGAGGACGAAAGUAAGACCGAUAACGCUGAAGAGAAGCUGGUCAGCAGCACAGAGGAGCCCAAAAAGAAAAUGGACACUUCUGUCUCCUGGGAAGCUCUGAUGUGCAUGGGAGGACCCAAAAAGAGGACCAGGAAGACUUCUGAUUCUGAUGAUGAGGAACCCAAGAUUGAAGAGGAGAGUCCCGCACCUGCUCCUGAAGAGGAGGAGAAAACGGAAGCAUCUGGGGUGAACGCUCAAAGUGUUGAAGGUGAAGGAGAAGGUGCUUCCUCCCCAGAGCCUCUGAGCAGCCCGCCUGAGAGGGAGUCUGCCUGGGACACUCUGAAACGCAUGGUGAUGCCCAAGAGUAAGGCCAAAACUGAGGAGAAGGCAGAGGAAAGUGCAGAACAGGUCCAGCCAGAAAGCGAAGCACCAAAAGAUGAGUCGUCAUUCUCUUUGAGAAAGUUCUUCCCUGGUCUGAGAAAGAAAAAGGUUGAAAAACAAUCCUCCACUGAGAGCGAGGAGGACUCUGACACCCCAGCUGUGGUUCCUCUAUCAGAGUAUGACCAGCAACACCAGGAGGCUGCCCAGGAAGUUGCCCAGGAGGCUUCCCAGGAUGUUGUCCAGGAGGCUGCCCAGGAGGUUGUCCAGGAGGUGGUCCAGGAGGUUGUCAAGGAGGUUGUCCAGGAGCCACUGGUAGAGGCAGCUGUGAUCACAGCUCACGUGUCCUCUGACGAAAGAUCCCCCUCAUGGAUCGCAGCCAUGGUGGACCAAGGAGAGGAUAAUCACGAUCAGCUGAGCGACAUCACCGAAGAAGCAGAGAACGUCGCUACGCCCAAGUCUGUUGACACUGACAAUGCAGAGGAUGACAUUGAUAUGCACAUUGUUCUGCCCCCAAAAUCUGCAGAACGGAGACUGUCCAUGGCCGAAGUUGCUCAGACUCCUCCCUCGGAAACCACCACCAGGGAUCCCAAGGAACCCAAGUGUGAAAAUGCACAAGAGGUCAUGGCAGCAAUUAAGGCUGAAAUCAGUGAAGUCCCACCCGUGUCAACUGUAACCUGUGAAGAUGCACCAGUUCUGGUAGCCUCAGAGGAAUCUGAACCACCUUUGGAGCAUGCUGAUUAUAAGACUAACCGCCUCCUGGAGCCACACGCCCAUGAUGAGGCAAUGGCCAUCUGUACCGGCCUGGGAACCAAGGAGAUUGCUAAACUCGCCCUGGAGAAACCUGCAACUCAGGUCACAGAGUGUGUUUCUGUGAUCACUGAUGCUAUCUGUACACAGGUCUUGGUAGAAGAGGAUUCCAUUAAACUGGAGGCGGCCAAUGUUACAGAAGAUGCACUGUUGAGCGCCCAAGUCCAGCAAGAGAGAAACGCUGAGGUAGAGCCUGCCGAAAGCUCACAGAAUGAAAUGCCUGAUGUUGAAACUGCUGUGGAGAGCUGUGAACCCCAGCUUCCGAACAUUGGGAUCGUCAGCACUUUCCUGGAGCCGCAAGUUGUCGAGACCACCACCAGUAUGAUUGACGACGCUCCGAUCGAUCCCAUUACGCCGACGGUUGAAAUCCCCGUGUGUUUCCAGAAUGGAGAAGUCACUGAGCGGAGUGUGAACACAAACAAGGAACCAGAACAAGUCUGUGAAGUUGAGAAACCAGGUGAGGAGGUUUGCGUCAUUGCAGAAUCGGUUGUCCUUGUCAACCUGCCCUGUAUGGACCAAGUGGCAACGUCCAACAUGUCUGAGCCAGAUGAUACCACAGAGACCGGUGGUGAUAAUGAGGAAUCCAGUCAAAUUGAGGCCCAGAGCGUGGUCAUCGCCCAGUCGGUCAUUCAGGAUGCAAUGGAUAAAGUUUCAGAACACCCCCAAAAAUCCGAAAUCUCUUCUCCAACAACGCCGGUCCAGGCGGUAAUGACCUUGGAAAAGGAAAUUGAGAUCCCAGUGGAGACCCCUGUCAUCACAGAGACCCCCAUCCCGAUCACCAGUGAAAAACCAGCAGAGAAGGCCAUUUUUGUCACCACCGAAUGCGAAACCGCGGCGAUCGAGGUGGCAGAGAUCCUCAAUGCCUCUCCGGUGGAAGACGACAAAUCUGAGGAAGGCUUGAAGAAAGCCGUCGAGGUGAACGUAAGUGAAGAAUUUGUCAUAGAGGAAGAAGUCGUGGAGGUGCUUGGCGAGAGUCAGAUGAACAACAAACUGGAGGCACUGGAAGAAGAGAAACCGCAGACCGAGGAGAAGGAGAUCCACAUGCCCGUCCAGGUGGUUCUGUGCAAUGCGGAGGUGGUCGAGGAGGAGUUGGUCCGAGAGGAGACGGUUGAGGAGUUCGGCAGCAGUGCCGUGGACGGCAAAGGAGACCGGCCUGCGAGCGGUCCGUCAGAAAGUCUCCCGGCAGCGGAGAGGACGCCGUCCAAGUGCGCUGAGGUGAUGGCGCAGGUGAUGGAGGUGAUCGAGGAGGCGGUGAAGGAGAUCCAGCCCGCGUCGGCAGAAAUCACACCGGCGUCGUGAGCAGAUGACGACGCGGAAGCGUUGCCUGGGAGACCAGGACGACAGUUGACGACGCCCCACUGACACGUCUGGGACUGGGCUCCGCCCCUUCCUGCCCUGAGAGAGAGCGAGUCACCGAGCUUCCUGUCCACCCCCCCCCACCCGCCACCUCCCUGCAUCCGGCAGUGCGCCCCCCACCACCACCCUGUCUCCACGACGACGCAAGCAAGUGGACGUGUGUUUACCUGUGCGUGUGUUUGUUUGUGUGUCUAUUGUUGUAUAGGCGUGAAAGAAUAUCAGGAGGUAAACAGAUUGUAUAUUGUAUUUAUAUUGCGCGUAUUCUUCCAAUCACCCUUUAUUUUUUAAUGUCGAGCCCUAUUUUUUAAUUUUGUCUCCUUUGUCACAUGUAGUGAUUAUUUAAAAAAAAAACACACAGGAAGCGACAAGACCUAACCAAAGGUAAUUGUUUCAUAAGGCGGGCUUUGGAUAUUGGUGUCAUUGAAGUAUUUUUGAGCAGCCCUGGUACAAACCGUGAUUCCUGCUAUCAGUAAGACAAAAAUUGGAGUAUAUCCCCUCACGUUUCAUGUAUAUGUAUAUUUAAAAAAAAAAAACAAAAACAUGCUUAAUUUACUGUGAAAAUAAACACGUUUCGCUUUUUAUCUUGUUAUAACACAAUAAAAUACUUUUAUAGCAGCCUCACUUUAUGUGAUAGAUUAAAAAAAAGUUGGAGGUUGUUAAUAAUACGUUAACUAACAAAUUUAACUUUCCAACACCAAUCUUAGAGUCUGAAGGUUGAUCGAUACAUUUCUUCAUCUUCAACAAAUUGGCUGAAGAUGAAUCAAUGGCUGACACCAGCAAGCUUUAUGACCAAAUGAGAAAACAUUUAUCAAUAUUUUUUUUUUUUUUUUUUUGGUACAUAAAUAUCCCAGCCCGCACUCAUUUUAGACAGCUUUGACUUCACUGUGAGCCCGCUAACACGUGUACAGAAAAUGUGUAUACACUUGUAUGUACUGACAAAGCCUCUUGUUAUAACGACUAAUAUGCUUCAUUGUUCGUAAUAUUCGCAUAAGCAUGAUUUUAACUCUCCUUUUUGUAUUUUCCAGGCUGUUAAUAGUACGGAUACACAAACGUGUCUAUAUUUCAUUCAAUAAAGUUUUGAGGGUUGGGGAACA